AUGGCCGCUAGCGAUCAUGACGCUUCCAAGUCCGCCGAAGUCGCAAAGACUCCCUCCAAAGAGCAGGAAAGCCAUGGAGAGGUCGCGCAGGCAGAGGGGGAGGUAGAUGGCGAUGGUGUGAAUGGCCAGCAGCCAGACAAUAUCUUCCAGAUCACCAUCAAGCUCCCACAUGAGCCUUUCGAGAUGCAAAUGACGAUCUCAACGGCCGAGCAGGUGCAGGACCUUCGCCAAUCCAUCAUCGAGAUGCCGCACACCUUCCAGUACUCGUGCUUCCAUCUCGAACAUGAGAAGCAGCGUAUCAACGAUUACGUCGAGCUGUCCGAGGUUCCAGGACUCAAGGCUGAUUCGACAUUGACCUUGGUGGAGGAUCCAUACACAGAGAAAGAAGCCAGGUUACACGUCAUUCGUGUGCGGGAACUCAUUGGCGCUGCGGGUGACCGCACGGAUGCGCUGCACGGAAUCAUGGCUGGCCUGUCGCUGCACGACACCAUUGGACUCGACCAGGCUGGAAAGCCAAAGGAGGAUGGCCCGGAGCAGUCGCCCUUGGCAGAUUACGACUUCAAGUCCUCAGGAGACGUCAAAAACCUCCUACCACCAGCACAGGAGGCCCCGCCAAAGACGAUCAAGUCUAUUGCUGUGUCGCCAUGGAAUCCCCCGCCCUAUCACCUGAGAUCCAAGGGUCACCUGUUGUAUCUCGUAGUCACGACCAACGAGAACGAGCAACAUCACAUCACCAGUCACGUAUCCGGCUUCUACGUGAACAAGUCUUCCAAUGCCAGCUUUGACCCCUCUCCACGACAGGCACCCAAAGCCAAGCAGGCCCACUCGCUACUCACCCUUCUUGAGGAACUUUCCCCCUCGUUCCGUGCCUCUUUCCAGCAAUUGCUCGAACACAAUGCGAAGAAGGAGCUGCUCACUAUUUUUGCACUGUCGAAUGCCAUUCCAGCGAACCCUUGGUUGGUGCCUGCGCCCAACUCCUCGCUCACCACACAUCAGCCAGAUCUCGCACGGACGCAAGAGAGUUAUCUCAUCUCGGGUGUGGAGAACACCGAGACGCUGCGCGACUGGAACGAGGAAUUCCAGUCUACCCGGGAAAUGCCCAAAGAGGCUGUGCAUGACCGUGUCUUCCGCGAGCGGCUUACAUCUAAGCUGUUCGCUGACUAUAACGAUGCACCGACGCGUGGUGCCAUGCUGGUAGCUCGCGGAGAGAUUGCACCCUUGAACCCCACAGAAGCCAAGGAUGCACAGAUCUUCGUAUACAACAACAUCUUUUACUCAUUUGGUGCUGAUGGUGUGGGUACUUUCGGCACCGAAGGGGGUGACGAGGCGGCCCGUGUUGCUGUCGGUAAAGAUGUCGUCGGUGUACGCGCCGUUAACAACCUCGACAUUCCGAACCUUUUCACAUCUGGGACCGUUGUUGUGGACUACCUUGGCAAGCGCAUCGUGGGUCAAAGUAUUGUUCCUGGUAUCUUCAAGCAGAGGGACCCUGGAGAGCACCAGAUUGACUAUGGUGCCGUUGAGGGCAAGGAGAUUGUUGCAGACGACAAGUCUUUCGUUCCCUUGUUUGAGCAGCUUUCAAAGGCGCUCCGCGUCAAGAAGCAUCCUGUGUGGGAUAAAGACAAUGUUCGCCAUGAGCUUGAAGGCAGUGUGGAAACCAAGGGUCUCAUUGGGACGGACGGCAGGCGGUACGCCCUAGAUCUUUACCGCUUGACACCUCUGGACGUCUCAUGGAUCGAGGCGUACUGGAGCGAACCAAGCAAAGAUGGCGAGACUAAGCCGAAAGACAAGGACUACCCACAUCGCAUGGCAACCCUCCGCCCAGAGCUCGUUGAGUCUUAUGGUCGCCUCAAGCUGCGUGAAUACGUCAAGAACGAACUAGCUAAGAAGACUGUCAAGAAAGAGGAGACUGCUUCUGCCAAGAAGGCUGAGGAUAAGGAAGAAAGCUCGUCGGAAGAGGAGAGUUCCGAUGAAUCAGAAGAAGAAUCCGAAGAGGAGGAAUCGGAGGAAGACUCUGACGCCGAGCCGAAGCCCAAAUCCAAAAAGGCGCUCAAGGCGGAGAAGAAGGCUGCAGACAAGAAAGCCGCCAAAGAGAAGAAGGCAGAUGAAGAGGAUCCAGAACAGGAACGCGUUGACAUCUCUGGUUUCUCUUUCGCUCUCAAUCCAGACGUUUUCUCUGGACAAACCCCUCAGUCAGAGGAAGACAAGAAGGAAUGGGCCCAGGAUGAGGCUGAGGUCCGCGCAGCCUGCGAGCACCUCUUGUCUGAGGUCAUUCCUCGCCUGAUCCAGGAGCUCAAGGAAGGCGAAGUCGGCUUCCCCAUGGAUGGCCAGUCAUUGAGCACGCUUCUCCACAAGCGCGGAGUGAAUAUCCGCUACCUUGGAAAGAUGGCUGAGCUGGCUGAUAAGCCUGACCCGCGUCUACAAGCCUUGAAGCGCCUGGUGAUCCAAGAGAUGAUUGCGCGUGGCUUCAAGCACUUUGCCAACUCCAAGUUGCGCAACGUUCCUGCACCCUUUGCAGCGGCUGCUGCCGCUCACCUUCUGAACUGCCUUCUCGGCGCUGAGGUCAAUGCUAAGCCCGUUGCUGAAAGUGAGACUAGCCUAAAGGCCAUGUACCCCGAGGCCGACUUCAGUUUCGAGAAGCUCAAUCCCGAGAGCUUGAAGGAGGAAGUCUUGGCACAGGUUGCACUGCGGUACCGAUACGAUCUCGGAAAGUCCUGGAUCGAGCCUGGCAAGCAGCUGCAGCUCCUUCGCGAAGUGUCCCUCAAGCUGGGUCUGCAGUUGGAGAGCAAGCAGUAUGCCUUUACCAAGGAGGCCUAUGCCAACGGCGCCGCAGCCAAGGCUCCCGCUGCUCCUCAGACGAACGGUCACACGGCAUCGUCGAAGAAGAAGAAGAACAAGAACCCUUCGCCCCCUCGUGCCGAGAGCCCUGCUGUCAACCUACCAGAGCAGACAUUUCACGCAGAUGAUGUUUUGAACAUUGUCCCUGUCAUCAAGGAGGCUUCGCCAAAGAGUUUGCUCGCGGAGGAGGCUUUGGAGGCCGGUCGCAUGUCUGUUGCUCAAGAUCAAAAAGAGCUCGGGCAGGAGCUGCUCCUCGAGUCUCUCCAGCUUCAUGAGCAGAUCUAUGGGGUAUUGCACCCAGAGGUAGCACGUGCAUACCAUACUCUAUCCAACCUGCUUUACAAUUUAGACGACAAGGCUUCAGCUCUCGAGCUUGCCCACAAGGCGGUUAUCGUCUCGGAGCGCACACUCGGUCUCGACCAUGCCGACACCGUGCUUGCCUACCUCAACCUGGGACUAUUCGAGCACGCCUCGGGGAACACCAAGGCUGCGCUUGCCUAUGUGCGUCACGCGCUUGAGCUGUGGAAGAUCAUCUACGGAGGCGAUCACCCUGACUCCAUCACCACGCUCAACAACGCGGCCGUCAUGUUGCAGGCGAUGAAGCAAUACCACGAAUCCCGCAUCUGGUUUGAGGCAUCUCUUGCCAUUUGCGAGGAGGUCUCUGGCAAGAACUCGAUCAACACUGCUACCCUGCUGUUCCAGACUGCUCAGUCGCUUGCUCUUGACAAAGACAUGCGUGGCGCUGUCAACCGUAUGCGCGAGUCGUACAACAUUUUCAAGGAGGUAUUGGGUGCCGAGGAUCGCAACACCAAGGAAGCGGAGAGCUGGCUCGAACAGCUUACGCAAAGUGCAGUCAGUCAAGCCAAGCAGCUGAACGAUUUGGCAAAGGGCCGUAUCCGACGUAUUCAACUCACCGGUCGCAACCCACUCCGGCCGGCGGCCCCCACACCGUCGGCUAGUGAUGCUGCCGCUGCUGCUGGUGGUCAGCGUACUGGGGCCAGCCGCGUGGAUCAGCGCAAGAUUGAGGAUCUGCUCAAGUACAUCGAGGGUGAUUCGCAAAAGACGCCUUCCAAGAAGCGAACGCAGACCAACCCUAGGAAGAGGACCUAA